GAUCUGCGGAUGAGAUCAGCCCCGACCUAGCCCCUUCAGCUGGCUGGAACGCUCUGAUUCCAGAACUGAUGCCUGGAGGGGCCCCCGAGAGCAGCGGGCUUAAACCAACUGGGCUUGGUUUGGGGGGUCCUCAUGGAGGCCUGGAGGGGCCCUGGAGGUCGUGGGUGCGGGGGGGCCUCCUGGGGCCGUCCAGGGGUCUGGAGGGCGGGGCUGGCACUGCCCACCUGCCCAGCGGCUGCCUCCUCCCGCAGGUGGUGAAUUUGCUGGUGGGGAUCCUGCUGACCGUGGAGGUGACUCACCCCAACACUGUGGCCCCCGUCAACAUCCAGUAUGAGGUCAUCGGGAACUACUACUCCUCCGAGAGGAUGGCGGAAAAUGCCUGCGUCCUCUUCGCCUUCUCGCUGCUCAUGUUCACGAUCAGCGCCAUGAUGGUGUACGGAGCCGCCGCGCACCGCGUGGGCUGGCUCAUCCCGUUCCUCUGCUACCGCCUCUUCGACUUCGUCCUCAGCUGCCUGGUGGCCAUCAGCUCUCUCACCUAUUUGCCGAAAAUCAAAGAUUAUCUGGACCAGCUGCCCGCGUUCCCCUACAAGGACGACCUCCUGGCGCUGGACUCCAGCUGCCUCCUCUUCCUGGUCCUCGUCUCCUUCACGCUCUUCAUCAUUUUUAAGGCGUAUCUCAUCAACUGUGUCUGGAACUGCUACAAAUACAUCAGCAACAGAAACCUGCCCGAGAUCGCGGUGUACCCGGCCUUCGAGGCUCCCCCCCAGUACGUCCUGCCCACCUACGAGAUGGCUGUGAAGAUGCCCGAGAAGGACCCCCCCCCUCCCUAUAUCCCCGCCUGAGGCCGCAGGAGCGAGGCUUUGUUAAUAAACACUACACCAGC